AUGGUCAUGUUCCUAGGAAACAAAAACAACUCCCCACAUAAUCCUAAACGUAAAAGCGAGUUGGUCCAGUGGCUGCCACCUCCCGGAGCCCAGAUGGAGGAGCUGAACGGCGACCCUCACACCCUCCUGCCCCCAAGUAAAAUCACCCCCAACCUUCGCUCUUCCGACGCCUCAGUUCUCCAGAGCCCGCCCUCACCUCCCUUUCCACCUCCAACACUGCUGCUGCCUUCCGAUCCGCCCCUCAACACUGCUGCUGCUCCGAUCCCGCCCUCAAACUGCUGCUGCCUCCGAUCCGCCCUCCAACACUGCUGCUGCCUCGAUCCGCCCUCAACACUGCUGCUGCCUCCCGAUUCGCCCUCAACCACUGCUGCUGGCCCCUAG